AUGGGCGCCGCGGGCUACCUCGACGCGAACCAAGUCACGGAGCGCGUCGUGGAGGUUGUGAAGAAGUUCAACAAGGUGGACCCCUCCAAGGUAUCGCCGACGUCGACGUUCGCGGCGGAUCUCGGGCUGGACUCGCUGGACACCGUGGAGGUGGUCAUGGCGUUCGAGGAGGAGUUCGCGGUGGAGAUUCCGGACGCGGAGGCGGAUAAGAUCUCGUCCGUCGCGGAGGCGGUCGCGUACUUGACGUCGAACCCGGACGCGAAGUGA